CUCCCAGCCCCACCCCCACCCCCACCCCUCCCAAAAAAGGGUUUGCCCUGAUAAGCUUAUCACCCCUGCGGCGGUGCGGCCCUGCCACCGACCCGUGCGGCGGUCGCGGUCCCUUCCCCUCCCCCUCUUCCCUUCCGGCUGCUCGCCGAACGCAAUCGGAAGCCCUCCUCUCCAGAAAUCGAAGAUCGAGUUCUUCACUCUUCAGAAAUCGAAACCCUCCUCGUCGCCUCUUCCUCUUCCGCUUCCGCUAUCCAACGAUAUAUAGAUCAGUAAUAAGACUGUUCUUAAUUUGAGCGUUUAAUGGAGGGUUUUCUCUCUCAGCCCCGGAGAGGCGCUUCGAGAGAAAGCGCGAAGAAGACGAAGGGAGAGAGAGAGAGAGAGAGAGAGAGAUCCUCGUCCAUGGAGGGCUCCGAUCGCGCUCCGCAACGGUGCCCUCACUGCGCGGGGCCUCUCUCUAAGGACACGGAAACGAGCUCUUGGACCGUGGCGCCAUUGAUCCGAGACAGCUUCUCCAUGAUCGGCACUGCUGUUGGCGGAACGGCAAGCGCAUUUUAUGGUUUUAACCAUGUUAUGCCUGUUGUCAGGAAGUGGGUGAAAGGGCCAAUGUGGGUUCAUUUCCUUGUUGGCACACCACCUGUGGUUGUCUUCUCUUCAGCUUGUGCUGGAUUGGCAGGAGGUGCUGUGCCGGCUCUUGCGCAGCUGGUCUCUUCCUCAUAUCACGCGGCAAUCUCAUCUUCACCCUCCUUGGCUCGCCCACCUCAACACGAUGAUAGCAGCAUGCACAAAACGAGAAGCUCCUCCCCACUAUAAAUCUCGCUGGCACCUUUUUUCUUUCUAAAAAUUGUUUUCUUUUAAUUUGUAGAGCUUUGUUCAAACGGUUCCUGACAAUAAAUUAAGGUUUACUUUUGUGCUCUCUAUCUAUUAGAGUGCUUCAAACAGUGAAACUUGUAGAAUGCGCUUCUUUUAUGAUGUAUAUUUAUUACAGAGCUGAUUUGGUUGCUUGUUUGUCUGAGGAUUCCUCUGUAAAUCUAGUGUUUUGCCGUUAAUAAAGCUGGGUUUUUUAAA